AUGGAAAAAUUCAGGAGAAAAGAACCAAGAAACACAAGUUUCUUAAACAUCGGGAACCCACUGUCUGCCGAGAUACGGGAGGAACCUUUCCCCUUAAACUACAAAACACCGCAGUUAGACGACUACAAUGGAACAGGGGAUCCGGUCACACACUUGAGCUGUUUCCAAGUAGUCAUGAUGGUACAAAGUUUGUCUGAAGCCGCGGUCUGCAAGCUUUUUCCAACAACCCUAAAGGGACCGGCAGCAAUCUGGUAUCAAAGUCUGAAAGAAGGCUCUAUUCGUAGUUUUGACGAGCUAGCAAAAGCCUUCCGAACUCAUUUUGCACCGAGCAUACAGCGAAAGAAAAAGUCCAGCGACCUAAAGCUCUGCUACCAGAAACCAGGCGAAAGUUUACAGAGCUACAUCGCCAGAUUCAAUGCCGAGGCAGUCGAAGUAGGAAAUUUGAACGACGAUACCGUGAUAGACGCAAUGAAGGACAACACGACAAUGAUGGCCUUCAGGGAUAACCUGAUAACGAAUCCGGAGCAUACUUACUCCCAGCUUAUGGACCGGGCAUGGAAUUACAUAAACUUGGACGAGGAACAACGACGAAAAGCCGCACAAACCACAACACAGUUCCAAACACCAAGGCCUAUUUCAAUCAGCCAGCUAGGCAAGAACGGUUCAGACCACGAAACCAACAACAAGCUAGCCCACAACGAACAGAGCCACACCGACCAGUGA